AUGAGCAGAAAAACGACUAUAAAUAUUAAGAACAAAUUCGAUCGGGUGGUAGUGCUGGUCGAUAUGGAUUGUUUCUAUUGUCAGGUGGAGGAAAAAUUGAACCCAGCCAUCCGGGGUCGGCCAAUAGCGGUGGUGCAGUACAAUCCUUGGCAAGGUGGAGGAAUUAUCGCUGUAAAUUAUCCCGCAAGAGCGGAAGGUGUUACACGCCACAUGCGAGGCGAUGAAGCUAAAGAACACUGUCCGGAAAUUGAGCUACCGCAAGUACCGCAUGUUCGUGGGAAAGCCGAUUUAACACGCUAUCGUGAAGCAGGCAAGGAGGUGGCGGAUGUUUUGAAAAGCUUUACUCCACUGAUAGAACGGGCUAGCGUCGAUGAGGCAUAUCUCGACAUAACUGAACGAGUGCUCAGUAGGAUACGCGAAAUGAACGAGGGAAAGUUUCAGCUGUUGCCAGAAAAGUUGGCAAACACGUUCGCAGUCGGGUAUGAAAAUAUUGGUGAGUUUGUGAAAAAACUUUCCAACACAUUUGAUGCCGGUUCGGCCGAAAACAAUACACCGGACAGGUUGGAGUACAAGAAAAGUGACAUCAAACUGCUGGUCGGUGCGUCGAUUGUGAAUGAGAUACGUGCCGCCGUGAAGGAAAAAACGGGCUACGAAUGUUCGGCCGGUAUUGCGCAUAACAAAAUCCUUGCCAAACUAACGGCCGGCUUUCACAAACCGAACAAACAGACCAUUCUACCGAUUGAUAGCAUUUCCAAGCUGUACGAAACAUUGCCGUUGAAGAAGGUGAAAGGUCUCGGGGGGAAGCUGGGCGAUCAGGUGUGUGAGGUGUUGAAGAUAAAGUUUAUGUCUGAGUUGGUCCAAUUUCCGGAGAGUGAGCUGCAGCACCAUUUCGACGAGCGGAUGGGCAGCUGGAUGUACCUGAUGGCGCGCGGCAUUGAUCUGGAAGCAGUGACUGCCAAAUUUCACUCGAAAAGCAUAGGCUGCUGCAAACGGUUUCCCGGCAAAAAUGCCAUUACCGGGUUGGGAACGCUUAAUCAUUGGUUGAACGAGCUCGCUUCCGAGGUGACAGAACGGUUGGAAAAGGAUCUGGAUGAGAACAAUCGUACGGCGAAGCAGCUAACGAUUAGUUACAGCCAGCAGAUAGAUAAUGUGGACGUGUCGAGCACGAGAAGCAUUCCUCUGGUAGUGUACGAUAAGGAACGCAUUGCGGCCGAUGCACUGGAGGCGAUCAAACGCAACACGGAGCGAUUUUUUAAACCCAACUCAACGACGGCAUUGCAUAAUGCGGUUAAGUUUUUAGGCAUAAGUGCGGGGAAAUUUGAACCGAAUGGUAGCGCGAAAGGUGCCGGAAUAAAGGAAAUGUUUCAAAACUACUCAUCAAAAACAGCCAAAGAAGGUGAUGAAGGGCUUAGUAGCGUGAUGGAUCGUCGUCCGAGUGUUUCGGAACCACUUUCGACUGAGAAUCUGCCCAAUGUAGAAGAAUCGCAAGAAGAGCCACAACAGAUUGAAAAAGCCAAAGACGAGCGAGAAAGAGUCAGUGAUGGUAGCGGCAAGCCGAGAGGUCAUAUAAAGCAUUUCCUACAGCAUCAAGCCUCGCUAACUUUCGCUUCUACCAGUGAUCGUAAAGAAAAGGACACUGAAAGUAAUCAUCCAGCAAUGCCAACCAAUGCAACAAGCGAAUUAAACGAAAAGGAGGCUAAAUCAAAGAAAGGCAUUGAACAAUUUCUAAAACCAAAAAGUGCAAUUUUAAAAGGAUGUGUUCCUACUAGCGAGCUAAAAUCAGAGAACAGGCCAGACACGAUUGAAACAGUAACCAGUUUGUGCGAAGAUAAACAAGCAGAAGGUGUGGAAAAAGAUUACAUUCCUGAAACUUCUGAUCAUAUAGUUACACAAGAUGAAAAACCAGACCAACAACCAUCUACUUCCCGAUCAUCGUUUGAGACAACGAACGAACUCUCUCCAGCUAACGAAACAUUGGGAAAGAAAUCCGAUUACAAAGAUACAUACGCAGAGUUUUACUAUGCUCCCAUUCCGGAACCUGCACCUUUAACCGUGGAAUGUCCCCAGUGCAGGAAACAGAUCCCGGAGCACGAAUACCAAUCACAUCAGGACUUUCAUUUUGCGCUCUCGCUGAGCCAACAGCAGCGGGAUGAGUUUCGCAAUGAUUUAAAAUCGAAAAUGGCAUCUAAAUCACCGUUUCCCAGCAAACGUACAUCGAAAGCAACCUCGUCCUCGGGUGCGGUACCAGCAAGUUCAGGCAGCAGUAGCAAUGGAUCUACGGCAAAUUUAUCGAUCGCACGUUUUCUAUCAAAAGUGUCUCCGGAACCGGUACGUCCCGGCAGCACAGAUGUGACCACUGCUAAUAGUAGCACCAUAGUGGACGACCAAUCAGGAAACCUACUCAAAUGUCCUGAAUGUGGUAAGCUUAUGAGCGUGGAGUCUAUGGCCGAACACAACGAUUACCAUGUGGCGAAACGGUUACAGCAGGAACUGAACCGGUCACAGUUGGUUGUAGAUAAACCCAUUGUAGCCGUGUUAGCCAAUACUGCCAGUGGCAGUGGAAGUUCCAGCACGAAACGAAAGCGACCUGCUAUUGCCGGUGAAGAUGUAACAUCACCGGUGAAGCAAAAGUUAAAACCUUUAUCGUCUUACUUUACGAAAUUGUAA